GUGCUCCAUGAGUGUGGAAGACGGUGCCAAACUUUACGAUGUCUGUCCACACGUCAGUGAUUCAGGUUUGUUCUUCGAUGAAGCGUAUGGGUUUUACCCGGGCCAGGUCCUGAUCGGUCCGGCCAAAGUUUUUUCAAACGUACAGUGGCUGUCGGGGGUCAAACCUGUCCUGAGCAGGAAGUGCAAGUUCAGAGUGGUGGUAGAAGAGGUGAAGGUUGUGGAGUUAAAAGUGACAUGGAUCACAAAGAGCUACUCCCCAAAAGGCUCAGACAGUGUUUAUCCCCCUCCCUCCACCAUCACGCAGGAAAACCUUCACAGAGUGAGACGUCUGGGCUACUACGACCACACCCAGAGGCAACUGGGAGAAAGGGCGCUCUACGUCUUCCCCGCCAAAAGCGACGCCACACGCAUCAUCUGCGAUGGACCGGAGGGGGCCCCUGUUCUGCCAGAGGACCCCGUUGCCAGAAAGCUGAAAAGAAUGUUCAAGAAAGAUUCUGGGAAGAAGAUGGAAAAUGUUGACUCACAAGGGGAGCACAAAUCAGAGCAAAUGGAGUCCUCUCGUCCUAACAACAACGGCCCUGUGAUGCACGCACAGAACCCACUGGACUCCCAGAACACCAGCGAUACCACGGCAGAGCACGGGGAACAGGACGCCGAUGACGAGGGUGCAGAGGAUACCGACGACACCAGCUCUCUGACAUCAUCAGCGAGCUCCACAGCGUCGUCUCAGAGCGGCGGCCUGGGAACCAACCGUAAGAAGAGCAUCCCGCUGUCCAUCCGCAACCUGAAGAGGAAACACAAAAAGAAGAGGACCAAGUUCUCCCGCGAGUUCAAGCCUGGAGACCGUGUGGCGGUGGAAGUUGUUUCUACAAAAACCACAGCUGAUGUGAUGUGGAAGGACGGGCGGGUGGAGAAAGGGAUCCGAUCCAAUGACGUGAUCCCCGUUCAGCACCUGGACAGCCACGAGUUCUGCCCCGGGGACUUCGUAGUGGACAAACGACCUGAAGGCCUGCAGGACCACGGAGUGUACGGUGUGAUCCAGUCGGGCGAUCACAAGGCCAGAACAUGUGUCGUAAAGUGGAUCAAACUCAACCCUACGAGUGACGACGUCGAGGUUAGCGGUGUGGAGGAGGACGUCAGCGUGUACGACAUCGCAGAUCAUCCGGAUUUCCACUUCCGCACCACUGAUAUCGUCAUCAGAAUAUGGAACUCUGAGAACGGGCAGAACGACUGCGAGAACGAGACAUCAGUGGGUCAGGUGUCCAGAGUGGACGUGAGCAGCAAGGUGGAGGUCGUUUGGGCCGAUGACUCAAAAACCAUCGUCCUGCCGCAGCAUCUGUACAACGUGGAGUCUGAGAUCGAGGAGACGGACUACGACUCUGUGGAGGAGACCAGCAGCGUCCUGUCCACCGAGGAGUGGGAGGACGACAGUGACAGCUGGGAGACGGACAACGGUCUGACCACUGAGGACGACAGCCACAACUACGCCACGGACACCGCCACCCCAACUCCCACCCCCACCGGCUCUACGGCCUUUAUCCUCCCCCCACAGGACAGCAGCACCUGUCCCAGCAAAGGAGCCCCUGCACAGGAUGGAGAAGCCUCUGUGGCCAGUCCUGCAUCUGGAGGAACGACUCCCGGAGGAGCCGUAAACGGGACGGAGAAGCCCGGAAAGGACGGUGCCACCCGAGGCUUCAGGGAGCUGAAGGAAGCUCUGAAGAUCCUGGAGAGCCUGAAGAACAUGACGGUGGAGCAGCUGUGGACCGGCGGCUCACCCACCUCCCCGACCUCCGCUGAACCGGCUUCCACGGCCAACGUAGCGAGUUCAGCGACGCAGGCCGCCUCUGAAAAGCCCACCAAAGAGAAACGCUUCCUGGACGACAUCAAGAAGCUGCAGGAGAACCUGAGGAAGACGCUGGACACCGUGGCCAUCGUGGAGGAGGAGAAGAUGGAGGCCGUGGUAGAGGCAGUGGUCAGCGGCGGCGCAGGGACAGAGGUAGAGAGAGGCGGAGAGGAGAAGCCCCAGCAGGAGGCGCAGACGCCGGUGGGGGGGCAGGAGUGGCCCAGCGAGGUUCUCAGUGAAACCCCAGUUCUGUGCCAACAGAGUGGAGGAAAACCUGGAGUCACCUUCACCAGCGCCAAGGGAGAGGUCUUCUCUGUCCUCGAGUGGGCUCCAGAGACUCACUCGUUUAAGAAAAUGGAGUUUCAGCCAGCAGAGCCCAAGAAGUUUUUUAGCACAGUGAGGAAGGAAAUGGCUCUGCUGGCAACGUCGCUGCCUGAUGGCAUCAUGGUGAAAACCUUUGAGGACCGCAUGGACCUGUUCUCAGCUCUGAUUAAAGGACCCACCCGGACGCCGUACGAGGACGGGCUCUUCCUCUUCGACAUCCAGCUGCCCAACAUUUACCCCGCCGUGCCGCCGCUGUUCCGCUACCUGUCCCAGUGCAGCGGCCGCCUCAACCCCAACCUGUACGACAACGGCAAGGUCUGCGUCAGCCUGCUGGGCACCUGGAUCGGGAAGGGCACCGAGAGGUGGACCAGCAAGUCCAGCCUGCUGCAGGUCCUCAUCUCCAUACAAGGCCUCAUCCUGGUCAACGAGCCGUAUUACAACGAGGCCGGCUUCGACAGCGACCGCGGCCUGCAGGAGGGCUACGAGAACAGCCGCUGCUACAACGAGAUGGCCCUCAUCAAGGUGGUGCAGUCCAUGACGCAGGUCCUCCAGCACCCCGUGGAGGUCUUCAGGCAGGAGAUCCAGGAGCACUUUGCCUCCAGCGGCUGGCGGCUCGUGCACCGCCUGGAGGCGUGGCUGGAGCUCAACGAGGCCGCCGAGCGGGGCCACGCGGCACACCCCUACUCCAGGAGCCACCACCUGAAGGACGAGCAGCUUCCCGCCAGCUCAGGGCUGGUGGCGGUGGCCCACAGCAGUCCCAGCAAGCCCAGCGGUGAGGAGGCGGUGUCAGGGGUCAGCAGUAUUCUGGAGGAGGAUCUGGAGGAUUCAGGACUGAGUCCUUCCACCAUCGCCCCCCCUCAGCAGGAGCUGAGCCAGAACUCGGACUGCGACAGCACCCAGGGCGAGAGCAAAGCCGGCUCUGUGGUCCUGGGCUCUGGGGGGCGCAGCAUGGCGUCAGAUUCAGGUCCAACAGGAGUGGUGGGCUCCUCGGGGGGCCAGCCCGUGGUGCGACCAAAGAAAAGGAGAAAGAGUUACCGGAGUUUCCUCCCCGAGGGCGGCGGAUACCCGGACAUGGGCUUCCCUCUCUUCCCGCUGUCGAAGGGUUUUGUGAAGAGCGUGCGAGGCGUCCUGCUGCAGUACCGAGCUGCGCUGGCUGCUGCCGGCAUCUCUGAGCACACAGAGGACAAGUAAGUGUCUCUGACACACCCCUGCACUGCUCCCUCUCUCUUCUCCUCCUUCUACCUGUCUCACUCACCUCCRAUCCUGGAGGAGGAUCCACUGCUACCAGUCAGAGUGGUGGGGUGGCGGUGUACAACCUGUACCCCCCAGAGCCACACUGAGUCCUGCACUGCCCACAUUCUCAGCCCCUCACCUCCUUUUCUCAGCCUUUCCUGCUCCUGCUGCCCUCGGCUUGAUAACUCUGACUUCUGAUGAAAGCCUCAGCUGGAGAAGCAGCUGAUUUGGAUGUUAACGUGUUCUUUCUCUCCUUCAGUGACCCCUCAGACAGGUGGGAUGAAUAAAAGUGGGGCGGACCCACAUGCACACAGAGUGGAGACCCCCCCCCCCCAUCUUUGUACAGCAGCAGAUCCAAAUGCUGAGCUUCUGCGAGAGAGUUUCAGGAGAAGUUUGACAGA